AUGACAAAGAAUCCUUCGAAAAAAAGUACACUUCAACAAUUCGGAAAGCGUUCUCGAUCGUUGCGCUUCGGUGAAUUUUUUGCGAGAUUUCCAAACCUGCGCAAAUCUCAACCACAUUUUGAAGUUGUGGUAUCUCCAGACCAAUUUGGAAGCGUUGCUGACCCCGAAAAUGCACUGAUAUUUGGAGCAUCAUUACAUGACAUACUAGAGCGUGCUCCUUUCACUACCAAAGGACGCCUCUGUAUUCCAUAUGUACUCCAUCGUUGCUUUUCAGAAAUCUCGAAGAAAGCCUUGGCUGAUAUAACCAUAUCUGCUUUAGGUAUUCGCAGUGAAGGAUUAUUCAGAUUAUCAGGCUCUGCACCAAAGAUCUUGCAAUUAGAGAGCAUUUUUAGCCAGGAGCCACAUUUUGGGAAAGAUAUUGACUUGAGUGCAUACGACGUUCAUACUUUGGCUGGUACUUUCAAGAAAUUGCUGAGAAGCCUGCCAGAGCCUGUGAUCCCGCAUCAUCUCCAUGUUUACUAUUUGAAUGGAUAUCGCAAAUCUGCCAGCGAUGAGCAAAAUCUCUCAAUACUUUCCAGUCUUGGCCAUCGUAUGGACGCAGAGCAUUUUGACCUCCUCAAAUAUAUUAUCGCAGUCGCCGCGUAUGUGGAGAGUGAGAAAGAGAGUAACAAGAUGACUUCAGAGGCACUUGCUAUCGUACUUGCACCAACUUGCACCGGGCUAGACGGUAUCAUUAACAAACUUCCAGCAACUGCUAAUCGCAUGUCAGCUUCAAUGGGACGUACAUCAAACGGUAGAACCUCAACCACCUCAAACAAUGUACUUCAACUAAGUGUUGUAAAGGAUCUGGAGCAAUGGACAUCCUUGUUUCAAUUCAUGAUCAAUUACCAUGAAGAACUCUUACAGAACUGGACAGGCGAAAACCAAAGCGAAGACCAGGUUCAGGAAAGCGCUGAAUCCAUUCAGGAAAGUGCUUCAGAAAGUGAAAUAGAUGCAGAGUCAGAAGUUCUUCCAAGUCCAGUUUCAUUAGAAGCAAAAGAGGAAAUCCCAGCUCCUGUCUCACCUUUGAGGACAGAUUUCAGGUUGUCAUUUGAGGACUUUGUCCUGCCUGAAUUAUCUUUGGAGUCACUAACUUCAAGAGAAACCAGGUCAGAAGGUUAUGAAAAUAUAGACAUAGGCAGCAGCACUCUAAAUGUAUCACAAGGCGAUAAUAGCUCUACAGAAUACUUUACUCCUAUCUCCGAGCGUCCUGACGAGGAAACUCAAGAUGAUAACAAUUCGGAGAAUAGUGAAGAAGAGCUGCAAGAUAGCGAGGAAAAGCAAGCACAGGAGCAUGGACAUCAGGGAGAGAGCCAUUUCCAGGGCCAAACAUCAAGCACUUUUCCAAGUGCACCUACUCCUAGAACCCCAAAAACACCUAGAGAAGAAUUGAUGGCGUUGAAAUCAGGUCGAGAAAAUAUGUACAAUCAAUUAUUACGGCAGUGGAAGUCUCGAGAAGAGUCACGAUCACCAAGAGCCACAAGGAGUCGCUCCCAGACAGGUUCCGGUGCUUUCAGCCGUUCCGUACUGUGCACAUCUACGCAGGUAGCUCCUGCUGCCGUUCCAGCCCCACAACUGGUGAUUCUAUGCGAGGGUGAUAUUAAGGAACGCGCCAUAGAGGAAGAUGUGGUUCCAUUGACGCCAAAGACAGAACAACAGGGAAUGAAAACCAUCUUGACGAGGCAUUCCAUAGAUAGUGGAGUGUACAGCGCAGACGGAUUAUCUUUGAGCGAUCUAGAGUAA